AGGUGAUGAACCAAAUAUAUGAAGGCAUUCCAUCACCCCUUGGAUACAGCCCUUUGUUCGCCAAGCAGAAUGUCAGUUUCCAACAUCAGUGAUGACAGUCUCCCAGGCACACUCAUCCUUACUGGGAUCCCAGGACUGGAGUGGGCCCACAUCUGGAUUGCCAUCCCCUUCUGCACCAUGUAUCUGGUAGCGCUGACUGGGAAUGCUGCCCUCAUCCUUGUCAUUGUGACAGACAGUGCUCUUCAUGCACCCAUGUACCUCUUCCUGUGCCUUCUCUCACUCACUGACCUGGCUCUCAGCUCCACUACUGUGCCCAAGACAUUAGCCAUUUUGUGGCUUUAUGCUGGAGAGAUUUCCUUUGGUGGAUGCCUGGCCCAGAUGUUUUGUGUCCAUUCUAUCUAUGCUCUGGAGUCCUCAGUUCUUCUCGCCAUGGCCUUUGAUCGCUACAUAGCUAUAUGCAACCCACUGAGAUAUACAACCAUUCUCAACCAUACUGUCAUAGGCAAAAUUGGCCUUGCCAGCAUAUUCCGUAGCAUAGUUUUUGUCUCCCCAUUCAUCUUCUUGUUGAGGAGACUGCCUUACUGUGGUCACCAUAUCAUGGCCCACACAUACUGUGAGCACAUGGGCAUCGCUCGCCUGAUGCUGGCUUCAUCUGAUCAAAAGGUCUACCUCACAAGGUAA